AAGUUGGAAACAGCGACGGGGCUUUUCUCUCUUCCCAUCCAGGCCUCUGAGGUGAUAGGGCCCAGAGUCAGGACUUAUAACAAAAGGAAAAGGAACUCCCAUGCAUGCUGCUCUCCCAUGGCUUUGGCAUUGUAGGGCUAAGCGACUGAGGCAGCUGGAUGGGAGGGCGAGAGGGCGAGCAGCAGCCUCAUUGGUACCAUCAGCUCCCGAGCCUGAUGGGGAAACAGAGGCUGCUCCUGAGCUGCUUGGAAGCCGGGCUCGGCCGGGCCUUGGCUUGCCCUUGGACGCUGCCCAGGCCCCGGCAGUCUGGCUGGCCACACACAUGGCCUAUAACUCCCUCUCUCUUUCCUCUGGCCAGAUGAGGGGCCCUUUCCCCCUGCCCUACCUCCUCCUCCUGCCACUCGGUGCCUGCUUGCCUCUGCUGGACAGAAGAGAGCUGGUGGACACCGCGGGAGGCGUCGGAGCCGAGGGGCCCGGCACCCAGGCUGUGUGGGGUGCCUCCCCAUGGUCGGGUGGCCCACAGCCACAGGCCUUGCUCCUUGUGGCCAGGGAGCUGCAGGCCUUGGGCAGAGGGCACUCUGGCCUUCGCCUUGGGAGGCAGGAGGGCACUGAGGCCACCAGCUUCCUGUCGGCUCACGGCAGCGAGAAGGCGACAGGCCCCCUGGGGAACCUGGCUGAGGAGCUCACCGGCUACAGCAGGAGGAAAGGCGGCUUCAGCUUCCGCUUUGGCCGGGGUUGAUGGCCGGGGGCCCCUGGAGGGGCUGCCUGCGUGGACUCCACCCAUCUGUCUUUACUCCUGUCUUCUGCAGCCUCCCGAGGAGAAGUGGAAGUGAUAUUCGCAUUUUAUCACAAAGCAUUAGCAUAGGGUCUGUUAGGUGUGUGCUGUCUCUUGACUUCCAACUUUGCUGAAGCAAAACCAAAACCAAACCAACAGAAAAACAAAACAAAACAAAACAAAAAUCUGGCUGGCAUCGAAAAGGAGGUAAGCAAGAGGAAGCUGUGUGUUGGCGAAGAUGACAAAGCCAUGCUGUUCCCACCAGCUGUCUAACCUCCCCGUCCCCAGUGGUCUGAUGGCUCAGCCAGCCCCAGGGCCAUGCACCGGGCCUGGCAGAGCUGGCCAUGCUGGAUCCAGGUGAAGGCGGGGACUCGGCCAGCAUGGUGGUGUCAUCAGAAUUGUGACUGUCUCCACAGGACUUCCAUGGUGACAGCCGAAGCACAUCCAUGAAGCAUCGUGUGCAGAGGUACACAGUGCGGUUCUGAGAGUCAAAAACAAAAAAGAGUCAAGCCGAAAAACAACCUGCCUUGUUCCCACCCCAUUACCAACAGACCCCUCUGGCAGGAGGA